UAACGAUUGAGACGGCAUGGCCUAAUAUUUUCGAUAGGAAGAAAAAAAAAUCAAGUCAAAGCUGGCUGAGCAGUGGAUCAGUCAGCAAUCUCGGCCACUCACUCUUCUCAGUUUCUCACGGUGCCGCAGCUACACCCGCCGUCCGCCCACGCUUCCACGGUCGCCGCUCCCAACCGCCGCCGCCGCCACCACCACCACCAGGACCUCUACGCCCGUCGCAGAAACGAGCGGCUCCCGCCCUCCGCUCCGGCGGGGUCUCUCGCGAUCGCCGCUGCGGAUUUGUUGAUCUCGCCGGCGGCGGCGCUGGCCUGGCUUCCGUCCAGUCCGAUAGGUGCUUGCUUUGUCGUGCUGAAGCUUGGGGUCAUUUUCUGCAAAAUUGGGCAUUUUGGUAGCUACACUCAUAGAGCAUCCGCAGAUGGUGAGCGCCUUGGCAGGAGUGAUGACCUCUGUCAUCGCCAAGCUCACCGCCCUGCUCGGGGAGGAGUACGCAAAGUUGAAAGGUGUGCACAGGGAGGUGGAGUUCAUGAAAGAUGAGCUGAGCAGCAUGAACGCGCUCCUUCAGAGGCUGGCAGAGGUGGACCGUGAUCUUGAUGUGCAGACCAAGGAAUGGAGGGACCAAGUCCGGGAGAUGUCUUAUGACAUUGAGGAUUGCAUAGACGACUUUAUGAAAAGCCUUGCCCAAACUGACAGUGCUAAGGCAGCAGGGCUUGUGCAAAGUGUGGUCCAGCAGCUCAAGGCGCUGAGGGCGCGCCAUCAAAUAUCCAGCCAAAUCCAGGGGCUCAAGGCACGUGUUGAAGAUGCAAGCAAGCGACGUAUGAGGUAUAAGCUCGAUGAGCGCGCCUUCGAACCUAGCAUCUCAAGGGCCAUCGACCCCCGUUUGCCUUCACUCUAUGCUGAGCCAGACGGGCUUGUCGGUAUUGACAAGCCAAGAAGCGAGCUCAUCGAGUGCCUAAUGGAGGGGAUGGGUGCAUCGGUGCAGCAGCAAAAGGUGAUAUCUAUUGUGGGUCCUGGGGGUCUCGGUAAAACUACACUUGCCAAUGAGGUGUUUCGUAAACUGGAAGGCCAGUUCCAGUGUCGAGCUUUUGUUUCCUUGUCACAACAACCAGAUGUGAGUAAGAUCUUAAGAAAUAUACUCUCUCAAGUCUGCCAGCAAGAGCUUCCUAGCACAGAUAUACAGGACGAGGGAAAGCUCAUUGACACAAUAAGAGAAGUUUUAAAGAACAAGAGGUACUUAGUUGUUAUUGAUGAUAUAUGGAGUACUCAAGCAUGGAAGAUUAUCAAAUGUUCUUUGUUUCUGAAUGAUCUGGGAAGCAGAAUAAUGACGACAACACGUAGUGUUGAUAUAGCCAAGUCAUGUUGCUCUCGAUGCCAUGAUCAUGUCUAUGAAAUAAUGCCUCUGACAACAGCCAACUCUAAGAGUUUAUUUUUUAAACGAAUAUUUGGCACAGAAGAUAUAUGUCCUCCUCAAUUGGAAGAAGUCUCCUCGGAAAUAUUAAAAAAGUGUGGUGGUUCACCAUUAGCAAUUCUUACAAUAGCAAGUUUAUUGGCUAAUAAAGAUUGCACGAAUGAAGAAUGGGAGUGGGUGUAUAAUUCGAUCGGUUCCACACUGGGAAAGGACCCCGGUGUAGAAGAGAUGAGAAGGAUACUUUCUCUUAGCUAUGAUGAUCUUCCCCACCAUUUGAAGACAUGUUUACUUUAUCUAAGUAUAUUUCCGGAGGAUUAUGAGAUUGAGAGGGAUCGAUUAAUAAGGAGGUGGAUCGCUGAAGGAUUCAUUGAUACAAAUGGUGGACGAGAUUUGGAGGAAAUAGGAGAGUGUUAUUUUAAUGAUCUAAUCAAUAGAAGUAUGCUUCAGCCAGUGGAAAUCCAAUAUGACGGUCAAGUCGUUUCAUGCCGAGUGCAUGAUAUGAUUCUGGAUCUCCUUACAUCUAAGUCAAUGGAAGAAAACUUUGCCACCUUCUUCGGUAACCAAAAUGAGAUAUUAGUCCUUCAGCAUAAGAUCCGUAGGCUAUCUCUCAGUUAUUAUGACCAAGAGCACAUCAUGCUUCCAUCAACAGCAAUCAUUUCUCAUUGCCGCUCGCUCAGUAUUGUCGGGUAUGCUGAAAAGAUGCCUUCUCUUUCGAAGUUUCGUGUUCUGCGAGUACUUGAUAUUGAGAAUGGCGAGGAGAUGGAGAGCAACUGUUUUGAGCAUCUGAGGAAGCUUUUCCAGUUGAAGUAUUUGCGACUCCACGUUAGAAGUAUUUCUGCACUCCCUGAGCAGUUAGGAGAACUACAGCAUCUGAAGACUCUGGAUAUGGGAUGGACAAAGAUCACAAAAAUGCCCAAAAGCAUUGUUCAGCUGCAACAUUUGACAUGUUUGCGCGUCGGUAAUUUGGAAUUACCUGAAGGAAUUGGGAAUCUGCAAGCUCUGCAGGAGCUAUCAGAUAUCAAAGUCAACCGGUACAGCAUGGCGUCGUGUUUGCUGGAGCUGGGCAGUCUGGCUAAACUGAAAAUCCUUGGGCUACGCUGGUAUAUUGUCAGUACACACAGUAACAAAGGUACUUUUGUGGAUAACUUGGUAUCCUCGCUGCGCAAAUUGGGCAGAUUCAGCCUUCGAUCUAUAUGCAUUCGUAGUUAUCAUGGCUCUUCAACGGAGUUCUUACUGGAUUCCUGGUUCCCCUCCCCUCAUCUCAUGCAAAAGUUUCAGAUGGGCACGUACUACAACUUUCCCAGAGUUCCUCCUUGGAUUGCGUCACUGGACAAGCUCACAUACCUAGAUAUCAAUAUCGAUCCAGUAGACGAGGAAGCACUAGAGAUCCUUGGAGAGUUACCUGCUUUGCUGUUUCUCUGGCUGAUGUCGAAAUCAGCUGCUCCCAAACAGCGGCUUAUCAUAAGCAGCAGCAUGUUUGUAUGUCUGAGGGAGUUCCAUUUCACCUGCUGGAGCAAUGGGGAAGGACUGAUGUUUGAAGCCGGGGCCAUGCCGAGGCUUGAGAAGCUGUGGGUUCCGUUUGACGCGGGCAGCGGUCUUGAUUUUGGCAUCCAACACCUCUCUUCCCUCAGGCAUCUUGCCGUCGAGAUCAUUUGCAUCGGCGCGACCGCUCGGGACGUUGAGGCGUUGGAGGAGGCCAUCAGAGAUGCAGCUCAUCUCCUUCCGAAUCGCCCUGCGGUGGAGUUCCGAACAUGGGAUGAUGAAAAGAUGGUGGAGGAGGAGGGGCAAGGCGUCACUGAAGAGGAGAUCCACGCUAGCGGUUGAAAGUCAGCCUGCAGUAUAUGUAAGUGUACACAGUACACAACUCAUUUGACAUUUUUAACUUCUCCUUUUCCUCCCGUACGCUGCAUAGUUUUUGUAAUUUUCUUUGGAGCAAAUUACAUCAUGGGACACCGAACUCGUCCUGCUGGCCGGUUCAAGUAUGUCUAAACCCAGACUUGCAUAUGACUGAUGGUCACCAAACUUCAAGUGGGUCACUCAAGGAGUCUAGGUCAGUAGCAUUCUGUCCCAGACGGGCUAUAGGGAUGGCAUAACGAAAGCGCGGAACGAAGGUGAACAAGAGGGCUGGAAUGUUGGGUCUAGGCAAGGAUACAAAUGGGAUCUUGUUCGCGGGAUUACUAGUGCAUUGGCUGGUCUUUCCAGCAGCCGGAAAGAAAAGUUGUUGCUCGAUGUCCGCCGCAUAAGAGAACUUGAAGAUUUGCACAACUCCGUGCUAGAAAUUUCAGCGGCGGGUGCGCUGCAGAUGUUUCAUGAGAGUAUUCAUCAGGAUAAUGACCCAUCAGAG